AUGGAACCGACGGAUUAUUUAACACAGUUUGCCGCUGUGGAUACUGAUGAAGACGGUAUUAUUACACGAAGACAGCUGUUCAAGUAUGCCUUGAAUAUCCAAGAUGAUAUAUCAAUGGUUAAUACGUGGUUCAAAUUAUUUGAUGCGGAGGAUAAAGGAGCUAUUACCAUCGAAGAUGUGAGCAGAAUCCUGGGAGUGCCACCACCAAAAUAUUACAAGGAUCCAAUGCGUCGCAAAACAAAGGAUGGAUUCGUGGAUCAUUCAAAAUCUACACCAGAUCUCUAUGUUGGUAUUGAAGAAGCUAGAUUAUACGAUGAUUCAAGUCGUCGUCCAGUUAGAUGGAAAUCGCAAGAUGAGAAAUAUGAAGACGGAGAGUGGCUGAAAAGGAAAGCGCAGUUGGAGGAAAGAAACGUUAUUGAUCUCGAAGAUAUUGCGAAAGAAAUCGAAAACAUAUUGGAGAGUGGAGCGCGAAGACAUUUGCAAGAUAGCCUAAUCGCUGUCGAAAUCGCCCAAAUGCUUGAAAAACAGUGCGGACCUUGCUGGCAUGUACACGUUAGCAGGAAAACACUUGGAUGUGCGGUUUCUCAUUGUCCCGGAAAGAUGAUUCAGCUGAAAUCCCAAGGGUUGAUUGUUGCGGCUCACCAAACAGCGAAGAAUGAAUUUUAA